AUGUCUGAUAACCGGGGUAGGGGAGAUCAAUCCAGACAAAUGUUGCCUUCAGCCCCUCAAGACCCACCAUGGGAGCACAUACUUCCGGUCGAGCACCCUGACCUAGCUUCCCGUCAUAAUGUCGAAAAGGAGACCCGUUUGCAAUCUGAAAUCGAAGACAUAGAUCACGCCUUUUCAGAUUCCGCCUCCCCUGAAGCCACAAUGGAUCAACAGAAACCCCAAAAAUGGGAACAGCUCAAGGGUUAUGAUAACACUUACUCCACCGGAGCCCACGACCGCUACCAUUCAAAAUGUGAUCGCAGUAAUUCACUCCAAGGACUUCACUUUAGCAACGAUACCAAUACAGACACGUCUUAUACUUUAACACUCGGUGGUACACCCGCAUCUCACUCGAGCCCUGAUGAAAUGACCGAAUCAUCAAGCACUAUGGAGCAAAACUUUCCAGAAACAGUUCGAAGCAAUAGUCCCCAAUCAGACAAUCCUGACAGUGGGCCUUCCGAUCGCGGUGGAAGCUCAAGUGGUCAAGGUCUUAUGGGCAAUCGUCCUCGACCUUUCUCAAGGAAGUCCAAGGCCGGAAUCGAGCAUACUGUCACCCCUGCCCGUGCAGGUCCUGAUGGUGGGUUUAUUUGUAGGUUCCAGGAACGGGGAAAAGUCUGUGGACAAUCAUUCAAACUUCCCUCCGACAUUAGAUUCCAUCUCAUUGAAAACCACAUGACGUUUUCCCCCUUCCAAUGUGAUAGAUGCAAACGAGUGUACACGAGAAAAUCUCUCUACACUCGCCAUCUGAAGGAAGUUCCUCAGGAUAAUUCGACAUCACGACGGACUCGUCAAUGCCCUCACAGACUUGUCGAACCAGACGAAUCCUAUCGUAUCCGAAAGAAUACUUAUGAAGCUCUAUGGGCAAUUCAACUGAGUCAAGAGCAAGUUGACAAUGCGGCCAACAUCAUUUCUCAGUACAACGGAAAGCUUCCUGGCCGACGCAGACGUACUCAGAGCACCACUGAACAUGAGAUUCCCACUGCAGUUUGCGCAGAUGCGUCACAGUCAGCCAGUCACUCUUCUCGGCAGUCUGAAACUGGGUUUCCUGCUCACCAGAAUCCGCCAUAUGUAUCUCAGCCUGAGCCAGUCUAUCCCCCACACAUAAUGAGGGUUUCCAGUGCUCCCAAUCUUUACGCCCAAAACACAAUUGCGGACUCAGCGGGAAGUCGUAGGCCCUCCCCUAUCCCAUGUUUUAGUACAGGCCCCAGCAACUCAUACGAGGCGAUUUCUCCCUUUCAUGGCCAACAAGAUCCAAAUGCUCUUUCCACAGGGACAACAGGCUAUGAUCGACAGUAUUUGAACCCUGGGGAUGCACUUUACUCUUCGCAGCCAAGGGGAUCUGAGUUCUAUGAGGCACCUAGGGGAUUCUCAACUUCAUCUGACGGUAUAGCUCCUCACAUGAUACAGAGUCGUCAAACUUCCUGGGAUGAUCCAGGCGUCGAAUCAAGUUACGAAACUACCACUUGGUCCUCCGGAAAUCGUACCGGAUAUCGUGAGCCUAUGACAUUUGAAAGCACUGGCCAGACCUCGAGUUAUCAGUAUUCAACUGUGAGUAGUAUGUUUGGAUUUGCUGGACUCGUUGGCUCCUCAGUGUCCUAA